CAAGGCAGAAGAUGUAUACUGUGAAGCGGUGAAGCAUUGGUUUUCUCUGCAACCUUCUCUUCUAUUCAAACUAGCGGCAGGUAGAGAACUCGUAAACAAAAUUCGGAUCCCACUUUGAACUGGAUAAACAUGGCAGUUCAACAGUCUCUUCAACUGUCUAGCAGCACUUGUGAUGAUGAUGGACAUCCGGGAAGAACAGGAACCUUAUGGAGUUGCAUAGCUUAUAUUAUCACUGCUGUUAUUGGGUCUGGAGUUCUGUCUUUGGCAUGGAGUACUGCCCAGCUAGGAUGGAUAGCAGGACCUGUUUUCCUUCUUCUUUUUGCUAUAGUCACCUAUGUUUCUGCCUUCCUACUUUCUGACUGUUAUAGGUCUCCUGAUCCUGUAACUGGAACAAGAAACCAUUGUUACAUGGACGCUGUUAGACGGAAUCUUGGUAGGAAACACGCAUGGUUCUGCAGUUUGUUUCAAAAUCUGAGCUUUUAUGGGUGUGGUAUUGCUUAUGUAAUUACAACAGCUACAAGCAUGAGGGCCAUUCAGAAAUCAAAUUGUUACCACAAAAAAGGGCAUAAUGCUUCAUGCAAUUAUGGGCAUACCUUAUAUAUGCUGAUAUUUGGAGUUGUUGAAAUUUUCAUGUCACAAAUACCAGAUUUUCAUAACAUGGAAAUGCUUUCAGUUAUAGCUGCACUCAUGUCCUUUUCAUACUCCUUCAUAGGGUUUGGACUUGGCUUUGGAAAAGUGAUAGAAAAUGGGGGGAUAAAGGGGAGCAUUACAGGAGUGUCAGCUGCCAAUAUUGCCGACAAGAUAUGGUUGGUCUUCCAGGCACUUGGGGAUAUGGCUUUUUCUUACCCAUAUACACUCAUUCUUCUAGAGAUACAGGACACUUUGAAGUCACCUCCACCAGAGAACAAAACCAUGAAGAAGGCAUCAAUGAUUGCAAUCUUUGUGAUAACUUUCUUCUAUCUCUGUUGUGGAUGCUUUGGAUAUGCAGCCUUCGGCGAUGCCACCCCCGGAAAUCUCUUGACAGGAUUUGGAUUUUAUGAGCCUUACUGGCUCAUUGAUUUUGCUAAUGCUUGCAUCAUUCUUCAUCUUGUUGGAGGAUAUCAGAUUUAUAGUCAGCCUGUGUUUGCAGUUGUGGAGAGAUGGUCUAGAAAGAAAUUCCCUUGCAGUAGAUUUGUGAAUAGCAUCUACACCCUGAAACUCCCUAUGUUACCUCCUGUUGAGAUGAAUCUUUUCAGGCUAUGCUUUCGAACAGCAUACGUUGUGUCCACAACUAUCAUUGCCAUGAUCUUUCCAUACUUCAAUCAAGCGUUGGGAGUAUUGGGGGCGGCAAGCUUCUGGCCAUUGGCUGUAUAUUUCCCAGUGGAAAUGUACUUUAUCCAGACGAAAAUAGGACCAUGGACAAAGAAAUGGAUCGUUCUUAGGAUUUUCAGCCUUGUCUGCUUGAUUGUGUCAAUACUGGGAUUGAUUGGAUCAGUUGAAGGACUUAUAAGUGCCAGAUUUGGCUAGAAUACUCAGGUAGGUAGUUACUGUCCUUAGUUAAUAUUUACUUCUCCAUGUAGCAAACAUAAAUAA